AUGAUGAGGGGAGACAAUGUGUCGGCGGUAUCAUGGGUGAACAGAUGCGGGGGCUCGAGAGACAGGCGAGCGGGACUGCUCAUGAGGCUGCUUGGCCGCAUGGAGAUUGAAAACGGAUGGUGUCACGUGGCGAAACACAUCCCAGGACGCGAGAAUACCCUCGCGGACGGGAUAUCUAGAUGGAAGUCAGAGGACGUAGAAGUCAAUGUGGAAAGACUCACGCACAGUAAUAACUGGCGAAUGCAAGACAUCGGAGACACCGCAAGAGAAACAAUUGAAAUGAUACUGCAAGAGAAACUCCAGAACCAAAGAAUGGAUGGCCUCGUAUGGAGCCGCAUGGCAAGUGUGUAAAGAGAAGACGUGAUCAGAGAAAGAAGAGAACGAUGAGCAAAAGAACUAAAGAAGGUGCAAUGACUCUAAUGUGUUCAAGUACAGGAAGCGAACACGGGACGAAGGGAACGAGCGACGAAGGCGAAAGGCUCCUCAGGAUCAUGGAGCACGGAUCCCUGAACGCGAGCACGCUGAAAGGAUACCACAGCAAGUGGGACACGUGGACAGCUGAAAGAGCAAAAGCGAAUCUGAGUCCAUGGUUGUACGAGGAGGACGGUGUGAAUAGCGCAGUAAGAGAGCUGACUGCUGUGUUUAUGGCGUCGAGGUGUUUAGUGUACAAGAACCAGAGCCAAACGAUGAAGGGAUACCUCGCGGCUAUCCAGUAUUUCCAUAAACUGUACGCAGGCUGGGAGCUGCCCACGUCGCACUUCAGAGUAGUAGCUGUCGCGAACGCAAUAGACCGACUGCAUGCGAGGGCAGAGACUAAACCGUUGGUAAGGUAACCGCUCACCGUGCUGAUGAUUAUAGCGAGGAGAGAAAGAGCGCAGACGGAUGCUUUCAGACUAGUGACGUGGAUGGGGAUCGCUCUCUCGUAUUUCUUGCUGUGCCGAGCGUCUGAGCUGUGGGCCUACCACAACGGCUUAGUACACGCCGAUUUUUGUCUCACGAGAGGGAACCUCGUAUUCUUCGAAGGAUCGUGUCAGCUAGCGUGGGACGAAAGAAGGCGGGCAGACAGAGUAGAGGUGACUUUCCGCGCAUCGAAAGCGGACCAAAAGAGGCGAGGCGCGGUAGUGACGAGAGAGAGCGUAAUACGGGACGAGGAAGGGGGACAGAUGGCUGAGAAAAUAGGGGCGCUAGAGAUUUU